AUGCUUUCGAUGCUGUUGAAGACGGAUCCAUCGCUCUAUGAGGGCACAUUUCCAGCAUUCGAUAAACCAUCGGUGAUCGGAGAAAUGUGUGUUACCAAACAGCGUGAUGUGUUGCCGGGUAGGUGCCGGGCAAAAUAUCUUCAUGAGAAAGUUAUUGGGCAACGAUGUAAUUUCGAUUUAAAUAUUGGUUAUCGUCAAUUUGAAAGUAAAGAUGUUUUGCAUAAUGAAAAAUUGGACGUACUACUGAAAUGGAUACUUAUACAUAGUGAACCUGAAUCUUCUCUGGAGAAGGUUUGCCAUAGGGCUGAUUUCGUUUGUUGGCGUGGUACUCUGACGCGAAUUGCAUGUUCACCAUAUGAGUGUCGAGAUGGUUGGCGAGUAGCUGUUGUUCGGUAUAAAUCUGUAAAUUUCAUUUGUGAAUUUCCGACCAAUGAGAAAAUCCUACGAUUGAAGUCAAUGUCUGAUCGCGACAAACUGAUGACAUAUUGGGGAUUUAAGUUUGAACAGUACGUGACAAGUGAUUCGUUAUCGGUAAUACUUUUCCGUGAAUUUCGUGAGAGUGAACCAAACAGAAAUGAACCCGUGACGAAUUUGGAGGAGUUUGAUGUUAUUGUUAAAGCACGCUUGGGUGGACGAAGGGAUGGUUUCCGUAUCCUGUAUUCUGGUGAGACCGAUUGCAUCGAUGCUGAAGGCGAAUAUGUGGAACUGAAGACACAGUAUAAGGAACUAGCAGAUAAUUUUUGGAGAUAUAAAGCGAUGAAGUGGUGGGUGCAAUCUUUUCUGAUCGGUAUACAAAACAUAGUUGUCGGCUUUAGAGAUAACAACGGUAUUGUGACUCGUAUUGAACAGUUUAAAGUGCCACAACUCGCAAAAAAAGCUCGUCAGUGGUCCGCAAAUGUUACCUUCAACUUUCUUCUUGCAGUGUUGAACCGUUUAAAAGAGUUGUUAGAAGUUUCUUCAGAUCUUACAUAUUAUGUUUUAGAAUUUGACCCUUCGAAAGGAUGUGUAAUGUUUCAAACUUCCGCAUCAAAUACUACAUUCAAUUUCCUGCCAAAUUGUUAUAUAAUUCACAGAGCAGCUUUGGCUAAGGAUGGAAAUUCGUCCGGAUUACUUCCUAGUCGGCGGCAAUGCGAGCAGUUAAUUGUUAGCAAACUCAGAAAUAUGUAUGGCAACGAGACAAUUUCUCUUUAUUAUUUGCAAAGUUCGCAAAAGCACGAUAUUGACACGACACCGUACAGUCAUAAGUUCAGUAUUCGUGAAAAUAACACGGGUGAGAAAAACCAAACCGAUACGAGUUCCUCAUCCUUGUCAUCUUGA